AUUACAGUGCAAUAAACAAGAUUACAAGACCGAAUACGUAUCCGUAACAUAACGGUCGGUCCGUUGGUCAACCAAAUCCAUCCCAUCGGACCAGAUGACGAGGUCGCUGUCUAAGACGUUCCGGUCCGUAAAACUUAAAGCAUCCUCAUCAAAACCACCACCACCACAACAACAACAACCAUCCUCAUCCUCAUCAUUGCCCCGAUCAAGAAAAACACGAGCAAAAUCGAGCUUAAAUUCGAAAUCGAGAUCAUGGUCUGUGUAUCUUAUUCUCUCUACCAACCACCCGAUCAAGACUUACGUUGGUGUCACCACCAAUUUCUCUCGCCGCUUGAAACAACAUAAUGGCGAGCUUAAAGGAGGUGCAAAAGCAUCCCGUGCAGGAAGGCCGUGGAUUUCUGCAUGCAUAAUUCGCGGUUUUAAUGACCGAAGUGAGGCUUGCAAGUUUGAAUCAAAAUGGAAAAGCUUUUCAAGGAAAUUGCCUCGAAAAAGGAUAGAUGAUGACCAGAUGAAGCAGAGCAGCAAGGACUCGCACCGACUCCUGCAACAUAGGAAGAUUGCCCUCGAUAGGGUUAAAGGUUCAUUUGAUCUUAGUCACUUAGAAAUUGACUGGGAAUUGAAUAUUUUCUGAUUUUGAUAAUAUGCAAUCACGUUCGACACAUUUUAAGUUAUAUUGCAUUCUUUGAGCGACACUAUUGCAUAUCACUCCUACCAUGAUUUGAUCAUUGUAUAUUUACACUUGACACAAUUCAAUAUAUUCUUUUCAUUGUAUUGACAA